AGCCACUUCUGUACAGUAGUAAUAAUACCUUGACACCCCCGAUUGUGGCACCUUUGCCUUGGCUUUGGCCAAAGUCUGCAAGGAACGUUUUUUGCUUGCUGAGAGAUUUAGUUCCAGUUCCAGAUAGCUGUCGUAGUGUGGUAGAAGGCAACUUCCGUCAACCUGUUGAAGGUUACAGUUCACUAGCUGAAAUCAUUCAAUUUUUCAAUCAUUUCUUAGAACUGCCAGCAAGAAAUAUGUCUAAAGCCAGAAAAACUAUCUCUAUCGAGCAGUCCAAAUUGGCCAAGAGAAUGGUCCACGCUCUCCGCGUAGAAGAGCUUCAAGGAUUUCUGCAGUCAUGCAAUUUGAACACUGACGGCAAAAAGGAUCGACUUCGUCAAAGGGCUUUGGUAUGCAUCAACUCUGCCAUUAAGAGUGCGUCCUUUCAUCCCGUAUUGGCCAAGCUUGACCUAUAUUACCAGAAGCGGUUUCCGCAAGCGGCAACAGCAGCGCCUGGCCAUGGUCUCGGGGGUGUACAGAAGCAAUUGCUUGGGAGUUCGGGUUCUGUUGUGGAUGUUCAAUUCAAGGCAAUGCCAUUUCAUGAAAAACUGGACACCCUUUCGAAGCCUAUUCUGCUGCCGUCAUUUGACAAUGGAGAAAACAUAGCCCCUCGAACUAUAAAGUUUGAGUGUAGCCUGACACCGCAGCAGGGUGCUCGCGUGGAAGAAGGCCGUCACACGGUUCCAUCAGUGUACGGACCCGGCCACAAGAGCGACAUUCAUUUCACCGUAGGGGUGCUGGUCCGAUUUGCUGAAUGCAACCUGAGCUCUAUGCAAGACGAUCAAUACCCACCCAAGUGCCAUCUCUACGUGAAUAGGGAGACUGUAAUCAUGCCCGGGUAUGAGAUGGCCAAGUCGUCCGGUAAGUUGAAAAUGCAUGGUCAGCCGGUGGAGAUAACUGCCAACAUGCUACUCAGCGGUACGAACAUCAUAGAGAUUGUGUGCUUGCCAGUGCCAGCAAUAAGCAAGUAUGUUGUCACUGUGGAGCUGUGCUUGAAGCGAUCAUCAGCCGACCUGCUGCAGCAGGUAUGUCAGCGUGUCCGCAGUGCAGACAUGUGCCGUGCGUACAUCAGGGAUAAGCUGACCAGCGGCGGUGGCGAUGUAGAGGUUUUAGAUAACAGCUUACGCAUUUCGUUGAAGUGCCCACUGGGAACGACACGGCUCGUCUAUCCCGGCCGCUCGAUAAACUGUAAGCAUGUCAACUGCUUCGACAUGGCCAGUUUCCUGCAGAUGAACGAGAAGAACGGCUCCUGGGUGUGUCCAAUUUGUGACUGCCCUGCCAUUUAUGACAGUCUUAUGAUUGACGGAUUGAUGAAGGAGUUGCUAGAUAAGUGCCCGUCGUCAGUCGAUCAUAUCGAGCACAAGGCGGACGGUACGUGGAUGCCAUACAACCCUCGUGACGCCAACCAGCGUAGGGCGACCGGAGGCCCAGCGUCCUGUGCGACCAAUGCUGUUGGCAGUGCAGCGAUGUCUACAGCGUCUGAUAAUGUAGUCCCUGUUGUGAUUGACCUGACAGACAGUUUUGGAGGCACGUGAGCAAAAAGCAGGGGAUGAUGGUCCCACAGCUACAGCAGGUUUCUCUUCUAAACCUCCCUCUUAUGGAACUGGCUCAACCGAGCCUAAAAAGUAACAGCAGAACCAUACAUUAAUUGUUUUAAGAAUGAGCUUCGCAAACUCAUAUGCAAACUUAGUAUACUUCGCUCUCUGGUAUGCCCACACCAUAUACACGUACACGUACACGUACACGUACAUGUACACGUACACAUACAUGUACAUAAUCCCUUCCCCUACGUGUACAUGUACAUGAUUGUACAUUUAGAAUGCUCCCGAACGAGUUCCCGCAGCACUACUUUUCACGACGUUGACUUUAGCUCAAACAUGACAUCGUAUGCACCUACUGCUAGGGUUUGUUGUUGUUGUUGUUGUUGUUUAUUUUACUUCGCAGA